UGACGUUACAGCCGGACCAAAUUUAACGACACGCAGUUAUUUCCGUGUGUUUCGGAUGUCAAUGGCGUAUGGCUGCUAGCGGGGAGAUUGCUAGAAUGCCGUCAGAGGAAGAGCCCGGAGUUCGACAUCUAACCGAGGGGGAAGAGGAGGAGGAGGAAGAAGACCUGGAGCUAGCGUUAGCAAACAUGACGGUGGAAGACCUGCUGCAAAAAGUGCAGUCAGUGCAGACGGAGAAUAUGACCGAAGAGGUGGGCAUCAACACGGACACGGACUGGGAGAGUCAGGUGGCGGCCAUGUUGGAUUACAGCUCCAGCCUCACGGAACAGUACGACAACAUGAAGAAGCAGCAGGGCGAGGAGGGGGUGGCGCAUGAGAAACAGAAGCAACAGGUGCAGAGGAGGAAGGAGGAGGCCACCCGGCAGCACCAGGCUCUUCUGGACAAACUGGAGUCUCUGCGAGUUAAACUGCAGCUAAACAACUCCAAGGCCACCAGGAAGAACUUCCUAUCCAAGAAACAGGAAAUGACCUCAGAGAAGAACAGAGCAGAGGAGGAGAGAAACAGGCUGGCCAAGGAGCUGGAGGAAAACGAGAUCAAGCUGGCGGCUCUCAUGGAGGACCAGAGCGAGGAGCAGCGGAGGUGGCAGGAGGAGCUGGACGAGCUGCGGCAGGAGAUGGAGCGGGGGAGUAAGGAGGCGCAGGAGGCCGAGCUGCUGGCCCUGCAGGACGAGAUCUCCGCCGUGGAGAAGCAGAGGGAGGUCGCCAUGGCCCGCAUCGAGGGCUGGCUGAGAGAGGUGGGCCAGUACCUGAACACGCUCAGGGCGGAGUUCCCGCAGCAGUACCCUCAGGAGAGGCAGAAGUGGGAGAAGAAGGAAGGGCUGGUGCGGAGGAACCAGGCGGAGCUCCAGGGACGCUUCCAGGAGGUUCUGCAGCAGCUGCAGCAGGGCCGGGAGCUAGAGACCCUCCCGAGGAUCAACGUGCCAUCACUGCCCCAGGUCCCUAUGGCUGACCUGAGAUUUAACCAGGUGAUGCAGUCCCUGGUCCGCCCCCAGUUCAUGCCCCCUCCUCCUCCAAUCCCAGUGAUUCGACCCUUCCCUCCCCAGAGACACCCACACUAUUACCAGCAACCGUUCCAACUUCCUCCCCAUCCCCAGUUCCGCCACCGCUACAACCACCCCCCACCCCCACACCAGUUCCAGCCUUCCCUCCCACCCAUGCACCAGCCUGUCUACCUGCCCCAGCCUCACUUCCAGCCCCACAUCAGAGCUCAGAUGAGGGUGACCCCCCCUCCCAGUCUCUCCCCGUCCCCUCCCGUUCAGCCUGUCCAUCCUGCAGUUCCAUCCCCGCCUCCCCCCGGCGCUGCUGCCACCUCCGCCCCCGCCGGUAAACUCGACAAGGUCCUCGAGAAGCUUGGGGCUCGCUACCCACAAUGCAACAGGGCUCAGCUGACGUCGCUGCUCCAACAGGUGAAGAGCUCCCGCGGCACGCUGGCCGGCAUGUCCAUGGAAGAGGUCAUCGAGCAGGUGGGCUUCAAGCUGGUGCAGAACGAGAGGUCGGCCCCGGGGCCCAUCAGCCGGCCCGCACCCCCGGGCCCCAUCCAGAGGCCGACACCCCCCCCGCAGAGAGCGGCAGACGGGGGUCAGGCUGCCGGGGCUCUGAAGCCCUGCCUGGUGUGCCAGAACCACGUGGACCCAGAGAGCCGGCACCCCCUGAGCUGCAGCCACACCAUCCACAGAGACUGCAUCCGGGUGUGGCUGCAGUCCAGCAAGAACAACUCCUGCCCCUUCUGCCCCGGGAAGUGACGGAGAAACACUUAAAAACAUUCCAAAAAUAACCUUUUAAUGUCCAACAGAUGUGUCUUUUUCUAGGGUACAAGGUGCAAAGAAGUUAAUUAAAGAAUACAUUUAAUUUAUCAUGUGACAGCAACGUUGUUAGAAAGCUUACCUGAUAUUCUUUUCAAUAUUUUUUUUAUUGAAUAAAGUUGCAAUUCUGAUCGGUUAAUUUAUGAUGAAAGAAUAAAUAAAAAUGUAAUCUCUUAA